UAUUAUAUUAAGAAAAUGGCAAAAAGGGACAUCAUAGGAUUUUUACAGUCUGUAAGGGCUGGUUUAUUAAAUAUAAAACACCCUGAUAAUUAUUUGAGAUUUCAAGUUGGAAAGGAAGUAGCUGCAAGAACUCAGCCUGCACCAAACCUUCCAGAUGGCCCAAGUCACAAAUUGUCUGCUAAUUACUAUUUAGAAAGAGAUGCUCGCCGCCUGGUGGAACCACCAGAGGAAAUCUUGUCUGGAGGACAAAAGCUCCUCCCAGAUACAGCUGCUUCAGAGGGAAAAGGCCCACAAUCCCCAGGAUACAGAGCAAUUACACCUGGAAACCCAUAUAAUCCAAAGUCUAUUCAACUCCCAUACUAGAUUGUGAUUUUGUUGUUUUUAUAAUAAAUAUAACAGUACAACUUUCA